AUUAGGCCUACUCACAAACGCUUGCUGUGUUCUGCGUGGGAACAUUACUGCAGCUAUCUUGGAGAAAUAGCCGAACGCGCCCACUUACACGUAAUGUUUUGGCGGCAACAAAAACAUCAGUCGCGCGCUGUUUUGCAAGCUGAAGAAAUGCUAGCAGCAGCUACAGGAUGAGCAGGUGGGGAGAUAGACUGAAGAAGGUUGAGCUUCUAGCUCAGUCAUUCAACCUGGCUCCACUGGUCUUGCCUUACAAACCACGACUGUGGCCAUUGCAACCGUCUUCUAUCUGGAAGCUCUUUCCCCGUCAGAGCUUAGCCAUCAACUUUGCCAACAGUUGUAAGGAGGAUGUACAUGUAUUUGCUCUGGAAAAAGAACAGGCCAUGGGUCAGAGGAUCUACCUAGUUACCAGUUACAUUGAGCUAUGGCAUUACUACAAAACAUAUAGACAAUCUCUGAUGCAUUGCUAUGAAGUGAUCCCAGAAGGUGCUGUGUGCAAACUGUACUUUGACUUAGAGUUCCAUAAGCCCUCCAAUACAGGCUGUGAUGGAAAGGCUAUGGUGGUCUCCCUAAUCCAGUAUGUAUGUGAGAAGCUGGAAGAAGUGUAUGGGGUUGUGUGCUCUGAAAUUGACGUUUUGAACCUCGACUCCAGUACAGAGGAGAAAUUCAGUCGGCAUCUCAUCUUUCUUUUACCAAACGCAGCCUUUAAGGACAACAUACAUGCUGGUCAAUUUAUAAAUGGAAUUCUACAACCAGUCUUGAGCACACAAAGGAACGUUAGGGAAACGCAGAUUGACGCAGAGGAUGUUGCAGAAGACAGCAGGAAUAAUGGCAGCAGUAUCCAUGCUUUAGAAGAGACAACACACAAAGAGGACAGCAGGCCACAGGCCAAGAGGCGGAGACAGGAAGAGCGAGACCUCAGCUUCCUGCUGGUUAAGAACAAAGACGGGCAGGACUGUAUUUUUGUGGACCUUGGUGUAUACACCAAAAACAGAAACUUCCGCCUCUACAAGUCAUCCAAAAUGGGGAAGAACGCUGCGUUCACUGUGGCUGAGGACAACAAAUAUGUCGCCCACCCCGAGAAGAAGGUGUCCGCUGAGGAGAGCCUGUUUCUGUCCUCGCUGAUCAGCAAUGUGAGUUUCAUUGGUCAAAAGAUCCUUACUUCUAAUACUCCAGGCAAGAAGAACAUGGAACCCUGUGGUCAGCAAAGAACAUUGAGCACCUCUGACUGUUUGGGUGGCUACCAGUUCUCUCCCUUCCAAGAGGUUGAUAACUUUGUUCUAACUAUAGUGAAGAAGGAGGGCAUACAAGGAGCCAUUAGACGAUGGAACUACUUUGUGUCAGAGCACCUGCUCGUCUUUGACAUCCUGAACUACCGAUGGUGUCACAAUGUGGACAGGUUUCACAAGAGCAACAACAUCAUGAUAAUUGUUGACCUGAAGGAGGAAAUCUGGUACCAAAAAUGUCAUGAUCCUGCUUGCAAAAACUUUCGAUCCUCAAGUUACCCACUGCCUCAGGAGAUCUGUGUCAGUUACCUCAUGACGAUGGACGAGGAGGACCAGGCCUACUUGAUGGACGAUGUGGGGAACAUUGAACCCAGUCAGACUGGAGCAUCAGAGGCACCAGUUCCCCAUGCAAGAGAGCCUGACGCCUGGGCCAACUGUCCUGAUGACUUUGCCUUUUUGGAGGCUAUGGAAGACUUUGAGAGGAGCAAAGAGUCGACAGAGGAAGUUUCCGACGAGCUACUGUUACAGAGCAUGGCAGAGUUUGACUCCAAGACUAAUGUCUGAUGAGGGGCACACAGUACAAUCCGUUAGGGUUAGAGCUGUGACCCGGUUUUGUUUUCGAUUUGUACUCUUUACCUUUAAUUGGAUUUGAAAUGUAACAAUUACUUUAAAGUGCAAACUCAGCUUUAAUUGUAGGGUAUUUAGGAAUUACAGCUCUUUUCAUAUUCACCACCAUUUUAGUGGAUUACAAAUUAUUGGACUAAUCUCAAACAACACUGGGACAGUAUGGAAAACAUGACAAUUGCUUUCAUAAAGUGAACAUGUAUAAAAAGAGCUUCAGUUCCCAAAAAUCAAGUGUUAUUGGAUGUAGAAAUGCCCCAAAACAUUAACUGACAAUGCACCUCAAAACCAUUGUUAGAUUUCAAAUCAUGUGCCAUAAUGGAGCCAAACCAACAAAUUACACUGUCCAUAUACUAUAUUGACCAGCUUUACCAGGUUUUGUUAAUGCACUUUAUUAAAGCAGUUCAGAAAAUGAGUUGUGCAUUGUAUGAGUAUAUGUAAUACCAUGACAUUAUAUAAUGAAUAAAUCAAAAAAAGAAAAUGGGAUUGUUUAAGUGCAACAAUAAGGAACCAGAGACAGCUUGGAGAAACAAGUGUUUAUAUGCUAUAGAGUUGUAUAAAGAUCGAUCUUCUCUCCUGUACAAAACACUUUUGCCCAGUCAAGAUUCACUUGCCCCUACUAGGGGUAUGGAUAGGAGUGUGGGCAUCCAUCUUUAAUAAUUAGAGUGGCUAGGCCAAACCGACAAUUUGCAAUCGAUGUGAAUCGAGACAGUGGUUGUUUAAUUUAGAUUAACAUUAACUUAGAUUAACAGAUUAAAUAAAUGACAUUGAAGUUUGUGGUUGGCCAUAUGCAAUAACAUAUUUAGAAACAAAUGUACUACAAACAGAAUCCCAAUUACCCAGCGAGCGGGGGGGUGGCACACACCUAUACAUGAAUGACGUAACCUGAUUUCUUAAAGCACAUUCUGCAAUUCACAUAAAGAAAUGUUGUAACGUGGUUUGUCAUAGGCAAUCCAAGUAGCUUGGAAGUUGUCAUGGCCAAUCUUUUUCUUUGGCCACACCAUUACAU